UAGGUUUUGAUAUUUUUAUACUAUUGUCUAUGUCUAGUCUUAAGUUCUUUUUUAAUUCCAUAUUUAAAUUCUAAUGUAAUUUUGACUGUUUAUAUUGUUGUUUGUCAGUUCGCAAAAUAUAUCCAUAGCAUCUAGUCGACUGCCUGGUUUAUUGAUUAUCUUCCACUCUAUUAGCUAUCGAAAUUCCCUCUUCUUUAUUUGGUCCUUCUCCCUCACUCAUGAUCUUGCGAUCUACUAAAACCAAGCAGUCGGCUAAAAGUGCUAAAAUGACGCGCUCGGAAACGGGUACCCCUGCCACGGGUAGGCUCGGCCAGUCCAAAAAGUUGGACCACGGUGCGGCCGACGCCACCGUACCACCCGCGGCUUCCGACCCGCAAAUCCCCGGGACGUCUCGCGAGUGCCUCACAACCGGCACCAGCGCCGAACAAGUUAAUGUUCCCCUCAGUUGCAGGUCUCGCGCUUCGGGCUCUACGCGAUCAUCGGCCACGAUCAAGGCACGACGAUUGACCGCGGAGGCCCACUUGGCCCGCAAAAGCAUAGAAAGGGAACAAGAGCUCUUUCAACGCGAACGGAAACUCCUUGAGCAGGUUAAACAGGUAGAACAGCUUGAACUUGAAGCGAAAAUAGCCGCCUUAGAAGCCGAGGAGCGAUCCAAUCACACGAAAAUACGGCGCGUCUACAUAACGCACUCCGCGGGCCCGCCCGGGAGGCCGUCGCCUCUUUACUCAAUACCGCGGCAGCUUCCGAAGACAUAAUGGCAGCACUCGAACGUACAUUUGCUU